UGACGCAUGCGCGCACAUCAGUUUGAAAAUCAGCAUGGAUGUCUUAGUGCAGGGUGGUGUAAAAAUUAACAUUAAAUGCAUAUUUAUUAAUUGACUGUUGCACAAAAAGUGUGGUGUUUGAUGUUUUCGCGAAGUUCUACACGGUUGAAGUGCUUUACGAAUGAAUUGCACGGCGACUCGCUUACGAUUCGAUCCAUGUCCCAGACGUCCAAACCAUCUUUAAAAUACAUAAUGUUAAAAAUAUAAAAUUAUAACCAAAAAAAAAAUUAAUAUUAAGUGUUAAAUAAUCGUAAAUAUAAAACCCGUUGCAUAUCUUUGUUACUAAAUUAUUAGAAUUAAUUAAAAAACUCGUUAAAAAUUUUAUAUUGAUAUUAAAAUUUACAUUUCAAAAACGCAUCCAUUUACUAGUAGACGUGCCAAAAUAUAUUCUAUUAAUAUUAUUAUUAUUAAGUGAUACUCAACGCACAAAAAAUCAAAACCGUAUUGGCGUACUUAUAUAGAAAGGGAAACAUCGCACCAAGCGACCUUAAACCUAUUAAGAGGUCGUUGGCCAAUGCACUUCUAGUAGAUGUCUUCAAACGCCCGAGACUUCAGUGGUGUAUCGCGUGCCCGGUGCAUCUAAUCGUCUAAGCGUAACCUACAAAACGCGGUUGCGAGAAUACAUCCCUCCAACGACAAAAAAUCAAAAGCCCGAUGCAUCGUUUUCUUUUGGUGGCAUUCUACGCGGUCGUUUAUUUUUUUUGCUGAUAUGGAGGUGACUUAAUGUUCGAGUGUGUUAAUAUGGUUUAAAUAAGUGUCAGUGACUGUGUUUACGGAAGUACGAGUCGCGAAUCAUUAUGGCGGAAGAUCAAAGGCGACUGAGUCAGGUUUUCGAUCCCAUUACCCGGCUUGGAGAGCUCGCCAGAAUGUCCCAGUCCACCCCCUCCUCCCCAAGACUGUUGCCGCGCAGAAACAGGGAGGUUCAACCUCCCCUGGCAGCUUUCGAGGGCCUUGAGCAAGGUGGGCCUAGCGGAUCGUAUUCAGGGGAAGCGGGCAACGUCAACUGGCAAGAAAGAUGCCUGGAACUUCAGCUGGAACUUCACAGAAGCCGGGCCCAGGCCACCAGAACCAGGGACAUGCUGAGAGAAAAGCUCUCCGAGCUGGAGCAGAGGGUCCUGGAGGCGGAAGGACGCGCAGAAGAGGCGGAAGACAAGGUACGAAUAAUGGAACAAAAACUGGCAUGGUCAGUCGCAAGUGACCCGAACAACGUGCAGAUCCAUCGUCUAGAAGGCGAGGUCGAGGAGCAACGGCAGCUGAGGCUGCACGACGCGCGCCAGGUCGAGGCCAAGGCGGCCCGCAUCAAGGAAUGGGUCACCAAUAAGCUGAAGGAGCUCGAACAGCAGAACCAGACGCUCAAAGAGCAGAACAUCAAGUGCAACCAGCAACUCGAACUUCUCAAGAACCAUCUCGCUCUAGCCGACAGACGGAGGAGCGAGAGCUGCUCCCCAGAACCCAGAUCCGGCCCCCCUUCUUCCAGCGGCCCCCGCUCCGCGGCGCACCGCCACCGCCGGCACCAGUCGGUGUGCCUGUCGCAGACCACCAACUACGAGCCCGCCAUACCCAGCACGCUCGUCACCAGCGUCAACUUGGGCAUCAGCACGGCCAGCAUGGACCCCCUGACCGACGAGCUGCGAGCCGCGGUCGACAAUUUGAGCAUCGGCGGCAGGGUGCCCAGCAGCAGCGCCAGCGAUCCGGACCUGGCGCACGAUUACGCCGAAAUUUACACGCCCAGCAGGGAGAAGGUGCCCUGGCCGAGGGCCCCGACGCCGCCCCUGCACAGGUUUCCCAGCUGGGAGGAUCGAAUUUACCAGGUGGCCGCAGAUGGUCUAACCUUGACGGGCACCACCCCCAGCGAUAUCGGACCGGAACAGGCCGGCUAUCAGGACAUACCUGUGCCGGUGUACGCCACUGUCAAAGGCAGAGCCAGCCAAAUCAGGUCCAUGCCUUUCACUGGGGAUUCCAGCGAUGAUUCUAGCGAUGGAGAGGGAAAUAACACCACGGCUGUUGACGGGACAAAUACGCAUAGCAGAAGUUCCGGGGAUACCUCAGGGUCCAGUCCGGGAAAACGUACUGCCUCGAGUAGUAGUGGGUCUCCCAGCAAAAGUAAAACUAGAGACACGUCCUUCGAGUCCGGAAUGUCGGACGACUACGCGGUGCCGCCGGACGCGCUCAGCUGCGACACGACCAGCAUCGAGUCCUCCAUGCUGCUCAGGGCCUCCUAUCUGGACUCUCCGAAGCGGAUAGAGAGCUUGGAGAAGAGCGGCAGCCUGGCCAAGCUGGGCGGGAAGCUGAAAACGUGGAGGAAGAAGUGGUUCGUGCUGAAAAACGGCGUGCUGACGUACUACAAGAGCCAGAGCGACGCGAACCGCAAGCCUCAAGGUCAGAUUUUGCUGGACGAGGUUUGCAAGAUCAACAGGGCGGACGGGUCGAACACCUUCGAAAUCGAUACGGGGAAGAAGACGUAUUACUUGACGGCGGAUUCCUUGACUGCCAUGGAAGACUGGGUAAGAAUGCUCCAAAACGUGCAACGAAGAAAUGCAACAAAAUUAUUAUUAAGCAAGGAAGAAAACAAACCCUCCGUUCAGGGUUGGCUGACGAAAGUAAAAAACGGUCACGCUAAAAAAUGUUGGUGCGUUCUCAUCGGAAAAAUGUUUUUAUACUUUAAAGGCCCAACUGAUAACACCCCGCACGGACAGAUUAAUAUGAGAGAUGCGAAAGUGGAAGAAGUUGAACACUUGUCAGAUUCAGAUUCUGAAGAGAGGGACUCCGAACAGCCGGAUUUGACCAUCGGUAUUUUCCCCACGAAUUCCGGACCUACGUAUUUGCUUUGCCCAGCAAAACAGGAAAAAGACGCUUGGUUGUACAAUCUGACGGUAGCCAGUGGCGGAGGGCCGAGCACUGGAACGCAAUACGAACAAUUGAUCCACAAGCUGAUGGAGGUCGAUGGAGACGCCAGCUGCGUCCUCUGGCGGCAUCCGGUUUUACUACAUGUGCCUUGUACCAAAGACGGUGCCAUACCCUCGUACUUCCCUCUGACAACGCUCGCUUCAGAAAAUCUACAGGCUGAAGCAAUAAAACUAUUCAAGUGCCUGCAACUGUUUAUGUCGGCUGCUGUAGACCAAGCCGGCAUAGAUUACCACGUAGUGCUGGCCCAAAACGCAUUGCAGCAGUGCCUAGACAUGCCGGAACUUCAACCGGAACUGAUCUGCGCCUUGAUCAAACAAACCAGCAAAAACGUGCCGCUACCGAAAAUCGGAGUUCAGGUAUCCACUCAAAAGUUGCUUAAGAAGAGCCAACUUCUGCUUUGCGCGACGCAGAGUUUGUUCACGUGCGAAACCACGCCGAGCAUUAACUCCGCCUCUGACCAACAAAUUUGCCUCUCGAACAUUCAGGCGGCGCAAGAGGAGAAGUACAAGGAGCACAAGGAGUGCUACAAGGAGCACAAGGACGCCAAAGGCCCGCCCAGCUUCACGCUGCUGCAAGGCUGGCAGCUGCUGGCCUUGGCGGUCAGCCUGUUCGUCCCCAAGUCCUCGAGGUUGCUGUGGUUCUUGAAGCUGCACCUGCAGAGAAACGCCGACAACAGGAGCGAGUGCGGCAAGUACGCCUCCUACUGCGAGAGGGCGCUGGCCAGGACCAUUUUGACAGGUGGCAGAGAACUGAAACCAUCGCGCAUGGAGGUCCUCAGCAUCCUGCUGAAAAACCCCCAGCACCACUCCCUGCCGCACUCGAUGCCCGUCCAUCUCCUCAACGGCACCUACCACAUAACCUCCUUCGACGGUUCGACGACGAUCAAGGAGUUCCAGGACUGCCUCGCGCACGAGAUCGGCUGCCGCACGGCGAACGGCUUCGCCAUCUUCAGCGACGACCCCAUCGAGAAGGACCUGGAGCACACCUUGGACCCGGGGGCCAAGCUGUGCGACCUGAUCUCCAAGUGGGAGAUUGCGCUGCGCGAGAAAGGGCUGGGCAAGUUCGAGAACAGCAAGGUGAUCCGCCUGACGUACAAGAAUCGCAUGUGGUGGAAGAACUGCGCCCGACUGGAGACCGACAAGGAGCGCCUGCUGCUGUGCUACCAGAUCAACAAGCAGAUCGUCUCGGGGCGGUUUCCUUUAUCGCGCGAUCUAGCUCUGGAACUGGCGAGCCUCAUGGCGCAACUGGACAUGGGCGACUGCUCGCCCACCAACAAAAUCUCGGUGCACGCGGAAAUGUCACCGCCGCCCUCCAGAAACAACACUCUGAGUUCCAACACAGCUCAAGUCCACUCCAAUCAAGCCCUAAACGCCAUAGACAAGUUUUACCCGUACAGGUACAGGGAUCAGCUGAGUCAGGAGGGUCUGGCGGAGAUACAGGGGAAGUUGCUGGCGAAAUGGAGGGCUCUCAAAGGGAGAACGCAGUUGGAUUGCGUCAGGAUUUAUUUGACGUGCACCAGGAAGUGGCCUUUCUUUGGUGCCACACUCUUUCAAGCGAAACUGCGUCAACAAGACGCUCCUAUGAUCUGGUUGGCUGUGAGCGAGGAUGCCAUUACCGUCCUAGAUCUGGCAACGAUGCAGCAACGCGUCAGAUACCCGUACACUCACGUUCUGACGUUUGGAGGGUGCCAGGAGGACUUCAUGUUGGUCGUGACUCAAAACGAUCAGCAUCAAUCUCAGAAACUUAUUUUCGCCCUGGGCAAACCGAAAAUCCUCGAGUUGACCCUCCUGAUAGCCGACUACAUGAACCUGCUGAUGAACAAUCCGGGUACGCCGCUGUUGGGCACGCUGAGUCGCGGUACGGUCGUCUCCGUCAACCAAUCGGUGGUGAAUCAGUCGGUUUUGUCGCAAACGCUGGCCAAUCAGAGUCAGCCGGACAUUUUGAAGUCCACGCCCGAUCACGCCGUUCAGCGUGCGGACUCGAAGCGAAGAACUCACGUGGACUCGGGUCUGGCGUGAUGCAGGACCGAUACGGAGUUAAUGUGCGAGUAAUACGACGAUUGUUGGGAAAUUUGCUGGAAACGUUCAAGAUGUUUCAUGUGGUAAGAUUUUUUAAAUUCUUUUCAAUCAAAUCUUUCCAGCAAUUUUUAACAAAGGAGGACUUUUUUGUAACUUUUGCUUUAUUCUGUGCCACAAUGACAAGAUAAUGUAAAUAUGAAUGUGUAUAUAUAGAAGAAUUUUGUCCUUACCAAAUAUUUAUUGUUUUUUUAUAAAAUAGUUUGCUCUGUAAUCUAGAAUUUCUCGAAUCCGUCAUUAAUUUAUCAAACAGGGUUAGAUAAACUAAUCAAAUAAACACUGAUUUAUCAGUUUAAAAAUUAGUAACAAUAAAAUUGUUUUAAAUAAUUGUGAACUUGCUAGUCUUAUUAUGUAAUUAAUUGAUAAAUUUUAGCUCGCAAAUGCAAAAAAAUAAUAAAUUAUACAUAAUGCAGUUGCGAGACAAUUAUUUGCUAAAAAUAUGCAUUAUUUUAAAUUCUAAAUAAUAUUCUUCUUUAGUUUGGAUUUUAUAGUUACCAAUUUGAGAUUAACUAUGGAAAUUUAAAUGUACAUCAAUAAUAGCGACAUUUAUAUUUGUAUUUUAUGUUUUUGGUGUAUAUUUUUAUACUAAUCUUUUUAAGUGAGAAUUUUUUCAUAUUUACAUUUGAAUAUUAAUGUUAGGUAUUAUUAAUUUAUUAUUUACACGAAAAUAAAAGAACUUUUAAUUAA